GGAGCCGCAAGCUGUACUUCCGGGAGCAGCAGUUUGCACGGCGCGGGCGGUUGGUUUGGGGGUGUCCUCGGGGCGGUUUGAUAGUCUGUGGACGCGCAGGAGGUCUCCGAGUGCCCCGGGCCAGGACUAGCAUAGUGCUUGAGCAUGGCGGAAGGGAACAGCUUGGUCUCAGUGGAUUAUGAAAUUUUUGGGAAGGUUCAAGGGGUGUUUUUCCGCAAGUACACUCAGGCUGAGGGUAAAAAGCUAGGCUUGGUUGGCUGGGUCCAGAAUACUAACCGGGGUACUGUGCAAGGACAACUACAAGGUCCCAUCUCCAAGGUGCGCCACAUGCAAGAAUGGCUUGAGACACAAGGAAGUCCGAAGUCACACAUUGACAGAGCCAGCUUCAACAACGAGAAAGCCAUUGCAAAGCUCGAUUAUUCAGAUUUCCAAAUUGUGAAAUAACAACCUAAUUUUUAAUUGUUCAAGAAAAUCUCACUUUUUUAUUGAUAUAGAAUUAUUCUGUGUUCGAUAUUAGAAUUUGUCAAAAGUUAUUUUAGAGGCAGGUAUUUGAAUGUUACUGUGUAUUACAUGUAUGGUGGAAUACAAUUGUGUACAAUUCUCAAUAAAAAUGUUAGAAACCUCUGUGUAUACUGCUUUAAAAAUCUUCACUGAACUUCCUUUUGGGCAAGAUGAGGUAGUCAGUCAGUAUUGUACCAGGAAGAUUUUGAGGCAAUUUAAAGCAGUUAUUUUGAAUCAUUAAAUUGUUUUCUUCAGUGGACUACACCAUAAGAACAAGCACCACCAGUUCAGUUUGUUAGUUCAAAUGAUGCUUUGAAAUAAUUCUGUUUUUCUGGAACAUCUACUAUUAUUCCUCGGAUAAGAAAUUCCCACAAAGUCAUGUUUAGGGCUGAAUUGUACUUUCCUUCUCCCAUUUGUGUGCUGAAGUCCUAACCCACCUCUGAAAGUGACUAUUCAGAAGGAAGGCCUUAAAGAUGUAAUCAAAUGAGGCUGUUAGGGUGGGCCCAAUCCAAUCUGACUGGUGACCUUAUACAAGGAUGAAAUCUGGACACAGGUGUGUGUGCAUCAAGACGACGACGCCCCCCCCCCCCCCCCCCAAUAAAAGACAGCCCAAGGAGAGGCCUCAGGAGAAAUAAAUCCGGGCUAACACUAUCUCAGACUUCUUGUCCCAGAAAUGAAAGUAAAUUGUUGCUGCUUAGGACACCCAGCCUGUGGCACCUUGUCACGGAGGCCUAGCAAAUAAGGCAGUAAUCAGAGUUUUGCUUCAU